UGGCUUUGCUAGUCGGACAACGGCAGACGACACAACACCACAAUGCUAAAUGUGCGCAGUGUCCUGGUGACGGGAUCCAACCGAGGCAUUGGCUUGAAGCUGGUCCAGCAACUGGCAGGGAAAAGCAAGGGGCCAGAAUGGGUCUUUGCCACCUGCCGGGACCCAGAGGGACCACGUGCCCAGGACCUGAAGAACUUGGCUGCCAAAUAUCGGUGUGUCAUAAUCCUCCAAAUGGAUACUAGUGACCCAUCCAGCAUCCAGGCUGCUGCAGCCAAAGUCACAGAACACCUGCAAGGAGCUGGGCUGAAUCUCCUCCUCAACAAUGCUGGGAUUCUAAGGCUAAGCACUCUGGAAUCGGAGACGGCAGAGGACAUGGCCGAGGUGUACAAAACCAAUGUGAUCGGGCCCAUGACAGUGACCCAGGCUUUCCUGCCCUUGCUGAGGAAGGCGUCUCAGGAAAGCCUCCAGAAAGGGAUGAGCUGCAGCAAAGCCGCCAUUGUCAACGUGUCCAGUGUUCUUGGAUCCAUCAACAAGCUUCAUGCGUGGGAUCAUGGACACGUCAUUAAUUACCGUUGCAGCAAGGCUGCUCUGAACAUGCUCACCCGGUGCCAGUCCCUGGGAUUUGCAGAAGAUGAGAUCCUGUGCGUUGCAUUGUAUCCCGGAUGGGUGCAGACGGACAUGGGAAAUGCAGCAGGACAACCCCCACUGACAGUGGACACAAGCGUGCGAGGAAUCCUUAACACCCUCGGCCGUCUCACUGAGAAAGACAAUGGCACUUUUGUGAACUGGGAGGGGGCAUCCUUGCCUUGGUGAGGCCCCAGCCCCUGCAUACUUGGAGAAGAAACAUCUCAUGCUCAAGGAGGGAAGUGACGGUGUGAUUUCCUGUGACUUCAUCUGCAAUAACUUUACCAUUAACUUGCUGAAAAGCCUAAUCUCUCUUUUCCUUACACACCAAGGCUGCACCGUUUUAUUUAGUGUAUAUGCAUUUAUCCUAUACAAAUAAUAAUAAUACCACUUUUAUUUAAGUGUACAUACAUUUGUCCCACCCAAGUACUA